UUGACAACAAAAACCCCCUGAAUUUGUUGAACACUCUACACUAUUUCUGGGUUUCUGUCUUCCCUUUGCGCUUUCUCAUCAUUUCCUGCAGUUUCUUCCCGCUCUCUCUUAGGAGUAGUUUCCUUUUCUUUAUAGGAUGGCUACCGCGAAAAAAAGGGUUGGUUUCAAGGGAAGUACACCCAUCAAAUCAGUUGCUACGAUUUCACCUUUUAGAAAUUUGGCACCAGCUCUGUUAAGUGGGGUCAUAUUUGGUUGCACAGAUAUGACCAUCAAUGAAUGUCUUACUAAGCAACUCUUUGGUUUGCCUGGUCCACACUUUGCAUAUGUCAAAAUUAUUCAUCCAGGUUUGCCUUUGUUUCUGUUCAACUACAGUAAAAGGCAACUUCACGGUAUCUUUGAGGCUGCUAGCCCUGGUCAAAUGAAUAUUAAUCCCUAUGGUUGGACACAAGACGGUUCAAAGAAAACACCAUUCCCUGCUCAGGUCCAAAUACGCGUCCAAAAGUAUUGUCGUCCUCUGCAAGAGAGUCAGUUUGCGCCAAUUAUUAAAGGGAAUUAUUAUAGUCAUUCACAUUUUAAGUUUGAGCUUGAUCAUGCUCAAGUGAGCAAGUUAAUUGCUCUGUUUUCAACUCAAGUAGUUGCACCAUCUGCCGUAAUGGCCAAAGCAGAUUGGCCGAUAAUAAAUCAAAAUCCAACAUUACUGAAGUCUAGGGAAGCAGUGGAAUUUAAUUUUUCAAAUGCAUAUGAUGGCCCCACUCCUUGCAAUGUGUCAAAAAUGCAUUUGGCUCUCACUGCUGGUUCCACUUCCUGCCUUGAUGAAACUCACCAGCCAGUAGGCACUGAUCUGGAAAUAAUGCAAAGGAAUGAAAUGGAUUUGAUUGAUGAGAAUUUUCAAAAGUUGGGUGUGAAUUGUGGGCCUUUUGAAUCAUGUCCCUCAAGCCCAUUACAAGAGGUUGGAAAUAUCAUUAUGAAGCAUAAUGAAGAUGAUGAUUUACCAGAACAGAAAAUCGGUCAAGAAGAGAAUAUCAAGGAAAACCUUAAUAAGCCAUCGGAAAUACAGUCCAUGAUAGAGGAGUUACGAGUGCUGAAGAACUUCAAGCAAGAAGCAAUCAAAACGAUGGAUCUGAUGCAGGAAACUCAACAAAGUCUGCUCUCAGAAGUCCAGCAGUUACAAGACCGCUGCAUAAGGCUAGAGGCCUUGUCCAAUUAUUCUGAGGUGUCUGCAUAUGGAACAAUGGAUGCUACCAGUGACCAGCUCCUGGACCAAGGUGGUUUGAUUAUUCUAGCAGGUGGUUCUGAUGGAGUAUCGUUGCUUGCAUCGCUUGACUCCUAUUCUCCAGAAAAAGAUGUAAUUAAAUCUUUAAGGCCGAUGAGCUCCAUUCGCUCAUAUGUCUCUCUUGCAAAGUUGAACAGUGAUCUGUAUGCAGUUGGUGGUGGAAAUGACGAUGCUUGGUAUAAUAUAGUUGAAUCCUACAAUCCUGUAAGAAAUCAUUGGACGUCACUUCCUUGUUUGAACAAGCCGAAAGGGGCCUUAGCUGCAACUACAUUGUCUAACAAACUUUUCGCAAUUGGUGGUGGGAACGGACUUCUCUGUUUUUCUGAAGUGGAGAUGUUCGAUGUAAAUGUUGGUUGUUGGAUAUUCUCUAGAUCAAUGCUGCAGAAGAGAUUUGGACUAGCAGCAGUGGAGCUUAAUGGUGCCAUUUAUGCUGUUGGUGGAUAUGAUGGAAAAUGUUAUUUGAGUUCGGCUGAACGAUUUGAUCCGAGAGAGAAUUCUUGGAGUAGACUUGAAAGCAUGAAGUCGAUGAGGGCUUGUCAUUCCCUGGUUAUGUUGAAUGAAAAGCUGUAUGCUAUUGGUGGUUAUGAUGGAAGCUCAAUGGUAGCCACUGUUGAAGUAUAUGACCCUCGGUAUGGAACCUGGAUGGAUGAGGCACCAAUGAACUACUCUAGGGGAUAUUCAGCAACUGUAGCAUUGGGUGAUAGCAUAUAUGCAAUCGGAGGAAUGGGAGAAAAUGGAGAAAUAGUAGAGAAGAUUGAGUGGUACCAAGAAGAUUGUGGUUGGAAAUCAACAAGCCUCAAGGCUGUUGGGAAACGGUGCUUUGCUUCUGCUAUAAUCAUGUAAACUUACAUACACAUUGAAAGGGAAAGGAAGCUUUAUAGAUUGGAUUUUUUUGUUCAGGCCUACUAUAGGUUAUUGUAGACAGGCAACAAGAAAUCCCCAUUUAUACAGGAUUUAUAGAGGAAGGGAACCCCUUGUUGCUUUUGGCAUCGGCUGUGCUUUUUUGACUCGUCUCAGCAAUGAUUUUUGUGAAACGGAGGUACCUGUAAAUCUUCAUUGAUGUUUGGUGGGUAUGGGUUUGAAAAUGAGUGUUUUGCAUGCUGAAAUUCACCAGUCAAACAUUUGUUGUAAAUUCAUAUGUAAAGAAAAAAUUAUCAACUAUACAGGACUCUGGUAAUUGGGUAUGAAAAUAAGCCUUGUGAUU